UAUGCAUGCACAUGCAUGCACGCGCAUGUAUACAUCGCGCACGUGCACGUGGGUCGCGGCUCGUGGUCACGCGAGAAGCGGCGAGAGCCCAGCGCGCGUGCGCAGGCGUGCCGGCGCGAGCUCGCUGUCAGUCUGUCGGCGGCGCGAGCCACAGGGCGAAAACAAAACAAAACAACACAACAGCGGGCGAGCGGAAGGGAGCGGGCGCGCGCUGCAGAUCCGUUUGUUUGUUUGUUUGUUUGUGAGUGGUUGAGGCGAGUGCAGAGCAUGCAGGCGGAUUUCGGGAGGUUCACGCACGCGGUGGUGCGCGCGGUGCCCGGCUCGCUCGCGGCGGAGGCGCUGCGCAGCGGCCCCGCGGAGGUGCAGGUGGACAUGGAGGCGGCACGGCGGGAGCACGAGCGCUACGUGUCGGUGCUGGAGAGCGCGCUCGGGCUGCGCGUGGUGCAGCUGGAGGCGGACGAGGCGCUGCCGGACUGCGUGUUCGUGGAGGACGCGGCGGUGGUCUGCGGAGACACGGCGCUCAUCACCAGACCGGGGGCGCCCAGCCGGAGAGGAGAGACCGAAGCCCUGAAGAAAGCUUUGACGGAUCUGGACCUGAACAUUGUAGAGAUGACGGAUGAAUCGGCUACGCUGGAUGGAGGAGACGUCCUGUUCACAGGUAGAGAGUUCUUCGUGGGUUUAUCCAAGAGGACCAAUCGUAGAGGUGCAGAGAUCCUGGCAGAUGCAUUUAAGGACUAUGCUGUGUCCACUGUGCCAGUACUGGGCGGUCUGCACCUUAAGAGUUUCUGCAGUAUGGCAGGUCCAGGGCUUAUCGCGAUUGGCUCCAGCGAAGCGGCCCAGAAAGCCUUAAAGACUAUGCAGCAGAUGAGUGACCAUAAGUAUGAUAAGUUGACGGUUCCUGACGAUAUCGCAGCAAACUGUAUCUACAUGAACCUGCCCGGAAAAGGCCACGUUCUCCUGCACUGCACACCUGAGGAGUUCCCUGAGAGCGCAAAGGUGUUUGAGAAGCUGAAGGACCACAUGCUGAUCCCCGUCUCCAACGCGGAGAAGGGAAAGGUGGACGGAGCGCUGACCUGCUGCUCUGUUCUCAUCAACAAGCCAGACAAGGUCUGAGGGGCCUUACGGAGUGCGCACUUCAGCCCUCCUCCAAUACUCUUACACAGCACCCUCUCUUCUCUUCCUGCCUUUUUCAAAGCGUGGCUCAAAAUAAAGGCAAGAAGUGAAGGAACCAAGACGGCUGUUCUGACUGGACUCGUUUGACCUGAAUGCUAAUAUUCAAAUGCCUAAGGCUUUUGCCAAAAGAUAAGCUUGUUAAAUAGGAAGGAAGGUAAAGGGGGUUCCUAUUGAACAGACUUAACUUAUGGCUUAAAUUUUAAUACGUUUGCAAAUUUUCUAAUCUCUUUUCAAUGAACACUACCACAGAUAAUUCGAAAACUUGGUGGCAAAAUGGAUUUUCCCAGGUAAAAGUGGCCAGAUGAAGUGAGCAUUAGUGUCAGUGAGACCCAGCUUCGGAAUUAGCCUAAUGUCCUCCCAUCAUCUAGCCCAGGUCUUCAAAUCUGGACCUUGAAUCCAGUUUCUAGUCCUGGAUUUUGUAAUCACUGGUAGUUAAUUGAACUGUUGAUGUGGCUGAUUGGCCACCAGCAAUUACAAAAUCAAGUAAACUGGAUUAAGGAUCUGGAGUUAAAGACCUGUUAUCUUUCCUGACGGUUCAUAACCACCCUGGUCCUGUAUUACCAAUGAACAGUAGUAUAUUCACUGCUUUAACACACCAUCAGCUCAGGAAGGGCUUGUUAAUGAGCUGUUUAAUUAAAUCAGGUUUUUUUAAGACGGAAAAACACCUAAAAAUGCAGGACAGAGGUUCACCAGGACCUGGGUUGGGAACCAAUGAUGUAACCCAGUCUAUGGCUCACAGAUUGUGAGGAUCCCUCAGCCAGUUCUUCGUUCCUGAGGGAGGUAGUCACGGUCUGGUGCAAGUAAAAAUGGACUGGCUGCAGGUUUUGAUGACCUGAGUUUGGAUCCAAACAGAUACACAUACCAGACCGUGAACUAAGAGUAUUGGAAUAGGGCCUUUAUCAGGGUUCUCCAAUUCCAUUCCUCUAGAGCCUUGCACUCCAUGUUAAAGUGUCUUCAUUGUUCUUAUUCAACUCGUUUCCAAACCCUGAAUUAGCUAAUUUAGGUGUGGGUUGAUGUGGCCUUCCUGGACUGGAAUUAGCAAACCCUGCCGUAGAUUUAGUGAUGUGUGAAUGAAGUGAGAUUGCGAACCUUAUAAUCAAUGUUUACAAUCCUUCGAAACAGCCACUAGAAGACCCUGUCACUGUACGGAGAACGUAGCGUUUGAUAUUGUUUUGUAUUUUAAACCUACACGAAAGUAUAAGUAGCCAUUCAAAUCAAAGAGACCAGAAUAAAAGACCUCUCAAACUCUG